AUGAAGAAGAUGGUGACGAUGAUGUUGACGUUGCUUGGCGGGUUUGGUUUGAUCUCGCCGACUCGUUGCACCAUCAUCAAAUCGUUCGCCGAUGAGCAAAUUGAAAAAUUCAAUCAUCUUGUCGUUGAUAAAAAUACGGGGCGAGUUUUUAUCGGAGCCAUAAAUAAAUUGUACCAACUUUCGCCCGAUUUAGAGUUGGUCAUAUCGGAAUCGACGGGUCCGCAUGAAUAUUCGUCUCAGUGUUCGGUAUUGGAUUGUCUCCCGACCAUAGUUAAAAAAUUAACGGAUAACGUGAACAAAGCUCUCGUCAUCGAUUACACUACAAGUCGGUUAAUUGUGUGCGGAAGUCUUUUUCAGGGAACAUGUUCGGUACGAAACCUUCACAACAUAUCCGACGUGGUUCAAUCGGUAAAAGAAGCCGUGGUCGCGAGCAACAAAACGGCGUCAACCGUGGCAUUCAUAGCUCCGGGACCGCCGAACCCUCCCGUGACUCAAGUCAUGUACGUGGGAGUGACGUAUUCGGGAGGGAAUUCUCCCUACAGCUCAGAAGUACCUGCAGUUUGCUCUCGAAGUUUAGAUCCGAACAAAAUGUUUACGAUAGCCAAAACGGCCGUGACCACGGGGACUAGAAUGUUUGUCAAUUCCUUAGCUCGAGAGCGGUACCUUAUAAAUUACGUUUACGGUUUUAGUUCGGGUGGUUUCAGUUAUUUUUUGACCAAUCAAAUGAAAUCGACUCAAGCGUCACCGUUUAUAUCAAAGUUAGUACGAAUUUGUCACGACGAUCCCAAUUAUUAUUCGUAUACCGAAAUACCGAUCGAAUGUACGACGACGACGACCGGAAAAUCGGAAAAGAUUAAAAAUUUCAACUUGGUACAGGCAGCUUACGUUGGGAAACCCGGUUCGGAUUUGGCCGCGGAUUUAGGCAUCACCGCUCAAGACGACGUUCUUUUUGCCGUUUUUUCAGAAACGGACCUAAGCGAAGGAGAAACCUCGAGCAAACCCGCUCCCUCGAGCGGUCUAUGCGUUUACACUUUGAAAAGCAUUCGAAGGAAAUUUAUGGAAAACAUAAAGACUUGCUUCGAGGGUAAAGCCAACAGGGGUCUGGAUUUCGUAUCGACCGGUCACCAUUGCGUUCCAACGAAAUUGCAAAGCAUAAGCGAAGAUUUUUGCGGUUUAGAUGUUAAUACUCCUCUGGGUGGUGAAUCACCCAUUCAGACAGAGGCAGCUUUAGCUUUUAAUGAUCUUUUAACGGCAGUUGCGGCUACUUCGACUGGAGAUUACACCGUCGUAUUUUUGGGAACGGGAAAUGGACACCUGAAAAAGGUCGUCGUUGAGGGUUCGUCAUCGGCUUUACAAUAUGGAGAUGAAAUAAUUGAUGAAAAUUCGGCAACGAAUCCGGAUUUGUAUUUUGAUGCUCAGCAAAUACAUUUGUACGUGAUGACGGAGAGAAGAGUGUCAAAAGUAAAAGUGCAAGAAUGUAGCGUUUAUAAAACUUGUUGGGACUGCCUUAAUGCCAAAGAUCCAUAUUGCGGAUGGUGUUCUCUAGAAAACAAAUGUAGCUUGAGAAGCGAUUGUCAAGAUGCUGCUAAGGAUCCAUUAUAUUGGAUAUCAUAUAAAAGUGGAAGAUGUACGACCAUAACUACAGUCACACCGAAUCAACUUCAACGAACCACUGCCAGAACGCUUGAAUUGGUGAUUGAUAACCUUCCCACAUUGCCUGGACAAUUUCUUUGCGCUUUUACUGCUCUUGAUAAAGUUCUCAUAACAAAUGCUACGAGAAAAUCUUAUGGUGUUAAUUGUACGACGCCUCGAACUGAUUUACUUCCUUCCAUACCGGCUGGACAGCAUCAUUUUGUAUCACGUUUAUCAGUUCGAAUGACUUCUGGUCCAGAUUUUGUACAAACGAAUUUUACAUUUUUCGACUGCAACACUUACAGUUCCUGCACUCAGUGCGUAUCGUCAAUGUUUCCCUGUGAUUGGUGUGUCGAUGGUCACAGGUGCACUCACGAUACGGCGGAAAAUUGUAGAAAUGAUAUCCUCGUUACCGGAGUUAGCAGGAUCGGUCCCAGCUAUAGGAGUGGCCCAGGAUUUUGUCCAACUAUUAACGCUACUGCAGAAGGCUCUCCAGAAAUUUUGGCUCCGUCCGGUAUGAAGAAAGUUAUCAAAGUUAAAGUUCAUAUUAUAGGACAAUUCAUUGUUCAAACUCGUUUCGUCUGUCAAUUCAAUAUCGAGGGAAGAGUGACUCACGUUAACGCCCGUCUACUCGGUGAUACCAUUUACUGCGAGAAUAUGGAAUUUUCUUACACUUCAAGAGCUCCUAACAUAACGGUUCCUUUUGCUGUCAUUUGGGGAGGAUCAAAACCUUUGGAUAAUCCUGAUAACGUUCACAUUGUUAUUUACCGCUGUAGAGAUAUGGCUGACAAUUGUGGAAUGUGUUUGGCUCUGUCGGAAAAAUACGAGUGUGGAUGGUGUCAAAGCGCAGAUAGAUGUGAAGUUAAGGAUCAGUGCGAUCAAGGAAGUGGAGUAUGGUUGGAUCGAGAACAAACUUGUCCGAAUCCCGAGGUGUACGAAUUCGAACCAAUGAUGGGACCGUGGGAAGGUGGAACAAACAUAACCAUUCGCGGAAUAAAUCUGGGAAAAUCUUUUCAAGAUAUUUACGGUGGAGUCAUGGUGGCUGGCGUUCAAUGUGAACCGUAUAAAGAACUCUAUAUAAAAACGAAAGAAAUAAUUUGUAAAGUAGAUGGGCCCGGAAGUAGCAAACCCCGGAGUGGUCCUGUGAUUGUAAAAGUCGAAGAUUUCAGGGGCGAAUCAAAAUCUAAUUAUAAUUUUGUCGAUCCUCAAAUAUAUGGAAUCAGUCCAACGUUUGGUCCUAAAUCGGGAGGCACGGUUCUUAGAAUAAAAGGGAAAUUUAUGAACGCCGGAAGUAGAACUUUAGCUUUUAUCGAUGAGCUUCCUUGUGAAAUCAACAGCACAAGUUCUGAUGAGGCUAUUUGCAUCACGAGUUCAUCUGAUAAGCAAAGAACCGGAGCUUUAAGAAUGAAGUUUGAUAAAGGUGAUCGAUAUUUUGACAAAGGCUCAUUCGAAUACGUUGAAGAUCCAACAAUCGAAUCCGCAGAAUCGGGUCCUCUAAGUCAGUUAAAGAUACCAAAAGGAAUUCCUGCCGGGGGUAUUAAAAUUUCUGUUGUGGGGAAAAACUUCGUGAGCAUUCAAAAUCCCCAGAUGUAUGUUUAUUACGAUAAUAAAAAGUUUGUCAGCGAUUGCACUGUACUAUCUAAUACUAACAUGCAAUGCUCAUCACCUCAAAUACAAGUUCCAAACGAUGUUGUUAUUGAUCCAGAUCAACCUUUACCGUUGCUAUACGGGUUUCACAUGGAUAAAGUAUUAGGCGUUCAAAAUCUUUCAGUCAAACAAGGGUAUCCCCCGUUUUCAUUGUAUCCCAAUCCCGUUUACGAGCCGUUCGAUGAAGAAAUAAAGCACUAUAAAAGUGAUUACCUAACAAUUAAUGGUCAACAUUUGGAUAGAGCUUCUCAAGAAACUGACGUGUCGGUUCAAAUUGGUAGUAGCGUUUGUAAUGUGACAUCACUUUCGAGGCAACAACUUACUUGCCGUCCACCCGAAACCCAACCCCCGCCCGUGGAUGCCGAAGGAACUUCUGAUCAGCAUAGUCUUCCAGAAGUUGUGGUUAUCGUCGGCGGAUCCUUACGUUAUAAAAUAGGAAAACUAAGUUACACAUCACUCACUGGGAGCGCAGGGCCGUUAACCAAGCCUACUGUAAUUGCAAUAGUAGUUGUUAUUUUGGUCAUUUUUGUGAUUUUCUUGUGCUUUUUGAUCGCGUACAGAAGGAAAUCCACCGAGAGUAGCAGAGUGUUGAAAAAUAUGCAAGAACAAAUGGAUAUUUUGGAAUUGAGGGUAGCCGCAGAAUGCAAAGAAGCUUUCGCCGAACUUCAAACCGAAAUGACUGACGUAACGGGAGAUUUAACUUCCGGUGGAAUACCAUUUUUAGAUUAUCGUUCUUACGCGAUGAAAAUAUUAUUUCCAAAUAUGGAAGAUCACGCAGUUCUCCAGUUGGAGCGCUCCGAACUUCAUCAUAAAGAAAAAGCUUUAAGGAUUUUCGGUCAACUCAUAAUAAAUAAAACGUUUCUUUUACUUUUCAUCAGAACUUUGGAAAGUAAUCGUUAUUUUUCCAUGAGAGACAGAGUAAAUGUUGCUUCUUUGAUCAUGGUGACGCUUCAAGGUAAAUUAGAAUAUUGUACGGAUAUUUUAAAAACUUUGUUGGCAGAACUCAUUGAAAAAUGCAUGGAAGGAAAAAGUCAUCCAAAGCUUCUUCUCAGAAGAACGGAAAGCGUUGCUGAAAAAAUGCUCUCUGCUUGGUUUACGUUCCUUUUAUAUAAAUUUCUUAGAGAAUGCGCUGGUGAACCUCUUUACAUGCUCUUCAGAGCGGUGAAGCAACAAGUGGAUAAGGGUCCCGUCGAUGCCAUCACAUCGGAAGCCCGUUAUUCUCUUAGCGAAGAAAAGCUUAUACGACAGUCCAUUGAUUAUAAACCAAUGACGGUUUUUGUGUCAAUAUCACAGCAAACUAUUUUCUCCGGAGGUCUUGACCCGAACACGGAAAACGUACCCGUCAAAGUUUUAGAUUGUGAUACGAUAUCACAGGUCAAAGAAAAAGCUCUCGAUACCAUAUACAGAGCAAUACCUUAUAGUCAACGUCCAAGAAAAGAUGAUUUAGAUUUAGGUACAACGGGUACCUCUGGAAGGUUAAUAUUAUACGAUGAAGAUACGACAACAAAAACAGAGGGAGAAUGGAAGAAAAGAAAUACUUUAAAUCAUUAUAGAGUUCCGGAUGGUGGAAUGUUGAAUCUAGUCUCAAAACAAUCGUCUAUGUAUAAUUUAACUAUAUUAUCAGAUAAAACGGAUAAAUCACACAAAUACGAAACGUUAAAUUCGUCGAAAUAUGCAGCGGCGAGUCCGCCAUUAAGUCGAGCAACUUCGCCGCUCAAUCAUGACCACGAAGGAGGUAUCAAGAUAUGGCAUUUAGUAAAACACCACGAUAACGAUCCUCAAAAAGAAGGUGAAAGAGGAAAUAAAAUGGUUUCAGAAAUUUAUUUAACUCGACUGCUGGCUACAAAGGGAACCCUUCAAAAGUUUGUGGACGAUCUUUUCGAGACAAUCUUUAGCACAGCUCACAGAGGUAGCGCACUUCCCCUGGCUAUCAAAUACAUGUUCGACUUUUUAGACGAUCAAGCUUUGCUUCACGGCAUAACGGAUCCGGAAGUAGUUCACACAUGGAAAAGUAAUAGCUUACCGUUAAGGUUUUGGGUUAACUUGAUAAAAAAUCCCAAUUUCGUAUUCGACAUUCACAAAUCAAAUAUAGUCGAUUCUUGUUUGUCGGUUGUCGCGCAAACUUUUAUGGAUUCUUGUUCAACUUCUGAUCACAGGCUAGGGAAAGAUUCGCCUAGUUCGAAAUUACUAUAUGCUAAAGACAUUCCCGCGUAUAAGGAGUGGGUCGAACGUUAUUAUUCGGAUAUAAAAUUAAUGCCAGCUAUUUCCGAUCAGGAUAUGGCCGCCAUGCUUGCUGAAGAAUCGAGACUGCAUUCGACGGAAUUCAACACAAACUGUGCAUUAUACGAAUUAUAUUCGUACGCGACAAAAUACAACGAACAAUUAAUGGUCACAUUAGAAGAAGAUGAAUUUUCACAAAAACAAAGAUUAGCAUAUAAAUUGGAGCAAGUGCACAAUAGUAUGGUGGACCACAAUCCGUGA